AUGUACAACUGGCCGUAUCCCAUUAGUCUGACGAUGAUCCACAUGGCGUUCUGCUCGUCGCUGGCGUUCGUGCUGGUGCGCGUGGUGCGCGUGGUGGAGCCGGUGGCCAUGAGCCUCGAGAUGUACGUCUCGUCCGUGCUGCCCAUCGGCGCGCUCUACGCCAUGAGCCUCUGGUUCUCCAACUCCGCCUACAUCUACCUCUCCGUCUCCUUCAUCCAGAUGCUGAAGGCGCUGAUGCCAGUGGCGGUGUACACGCUGGGAGUGGCGUUUCAGAAGGACGCCUUCCGCUGCUCCACCAUGAGCAACAUGCUGCUCGUGUCGGUGGGAGUGGGCAUAGCCGCGUACGGCGAGGCCAACUUCAACUUCACAGGCGUCCUCCUGCAGCUCGCCGCCGUUGCCUUUGAAGCCACUCGCCUCGUGCUCAUCCAAAUCCUGUUGGCGUCCAAGGGCAUCUCCCUGAACCCCAUCACGAGCCUGUACUACGUGUCCCCCACAUGCCUCAUCUUCCUCACCAUCCCCUGGUUCUUUGUUGAGUACCCCUCCCUCGCCCCGCACCUCGCCGCGCCCCACCCCGACCUGCUGGUGUUUGGGGGCAACUGUGUGUGCGCCUUCGCCCUCAACCUCGCUGUCUUCCUGCUCAUCGGCAAGACGUCAGCGCUCACCAUGAACACACUCUCGUGCUUAAGACCGCGAGCGGGCUCGCCGCCAAAUGCGCAUGCGCUGGCGCUGCUGCCACGUAGACAGUCAGCCUUCGUUUCCCGGCCGUCGUUCCCCGCGUCGUAUCGCAGCGGCCUACAGCGAGUAUGCGCGGAGUCGAGGGGGAGCAGCAGCCACGAGAGUGCGGAGGAGGGGCGAGUAGAGGCGCGGCGAGUAGAACCGGAGGGAAGCACCGCAGGAGAGACUGCGGACACCUCUAUCGCCGAGUCGCGCGGCGUUGAAUCAGCGCCUGCACCGUCCGCCUUGCCAUCACUCCUCCCCGCCUCCACGGCGCUCCUCUCCGCGGCGUUCCUUGCCUUAUUGCCGCUCACAGGCGGCUUCGACCUGUCGGGCCCGGGGUCGGUCGUACAGGCAGUGGGCGUGCUGGCGCUCAUAGUGGCCGUGCACGAGGCGGGCCACUUCCUCGCCGCGCGCUCCCUGGGCGUGCACGUGACGAAAUUCUCCAUCGGCUUCGGCCCUGUGCUCGCCAAGUACCAGGGCAAGGGCAAGGACGGCAGCACCGAGAAGGGCGUGGAGUACGCGCUCAGGGCGUUCCCGCUGGGCGGGUUUGUGGGGUUCCCGGAUGAUGACCCGAGUGAGGAGGCGGUGUACCCGCCUGACGACCCCGACCUGCUCAAGAACCGCCCCAUCGCUGACCGCGCGUUUGUCAUCAGCGCUGGGGUCAUCGCCAACAUCGUCUUUGCCUAUGCGCUGCUCUUCACCCAGGUGCGUGCUGGGCUGUCCACCAUCAACAUCUGUCUGCUCUUCUCCACCAGCCUUCCCUUCCUCCUUUCAAUGCACUGCUCUCUCACGCACAUUCACCACUUCCUACCUCCAUCCCCUCCCCACCUCCCUCAGGUGAACACAGUGGGCCUGAUCCAGCAGGUAUACCAGCCAGGAGUGAUGAUACCAGACGUGGUGUACGGGUCAGCGGGCGAGCGCGCAGGGCUGCUGCCAGGCGACCUCAUAGUGGCGGCAGACGGCACACCGCUACAGCCGUCCAGCACCGCCGUCUCCGACCUCGUCAGCUACAUCCGCGCCUCGCCCGGCCGCCCCAUCUCCCUCGACGUGCUCCGAUCCGUGCAGGCACCGCCUCUCAGCGGGGGGGUGGAAGGGGAGCUAACAGGUGUGAGUGCGGCAGGAGCAGCAGCGUCAGGGGAGGCUGAGAAGCAGGUUGUGAGCAUCAGGGUGGUGCCAGACGUGUCGUUCCGGGACGGAGGCGGGCGCAUCGGAGUGCAGCUAGCGCCCAACUCCUACCAGGAGCAGGAGCGCGCCGAUAACCUCCUGGACGGCACAGUAGCGGCUGGCAAGGAGUUCGGGCGGCUCAUGGGCGCCGUAGUCGACGGGCUGCAGCAGAUCAUCUUCAACUUCGGUAACACCGCCGACCGCGUGUCAGGCCCCGUGGCCAUCGUGGCAGUGGGGGCCGAGGUUGCUCGCACAAACCUCUCGGGGCUGUUCCAGUUCGCGGCCAUAGUGAAUCUGAAUCUGGCAGUGGUGAACCUGCUGCCGCUGCCAGCGCUGGACGGGGGGUACCUGGCGCUGCUGGCGGUGGAGGCGGUGCGGGGGGGCAAGAAGAUCCCCGUGGAUGUGGAGCGCGGCAUCAUGUCGUCGGGGUUCCUGGCUCUGCUGGGUGCUGGCAUCUUCCUCAUCGUUAAGGAUACCAUAAACCUCGGCUUCUUGUGA